AGGCCUCGGAAUAAGAUAACAUAGCUUCCUAAAAAAUUGGGAGACAAUAUGGAUGCCACUACCCAAUUUUUCGUCACAUGUCAUGAAUGGGACUGGUCUAAUCUUUCCUAGCUCGUGAAGAUACAAUAAUUUUGAAAGGCUCUAACUCUUAACGCUACAUUUUAUUGUGUUUAACAAUACGCGGAAACUGUUCGUUGUCAUGCUCAUUGAUUUCUUUCACCAUUUUAAAUGAAAACAACAUAAAAAUGGUGGCAAAGCGACUUAGGGUUUGGCGCGAGCAUCACAGCUUAUUGGCACAAUUAAAAAUGUGAUUCGAGUGUACAAGAUGUUCAAAGUGUUCUAUAUUUUAUGUUUUGUGUUCAUUGUGGUGAACAGUAAAGAUAUGCAGAAGAAGAGGGAGGGGGGGAGGCGGGGGAAGCUCUUCUCGUUCAAUACCGUCGAUGAGGAUAUUAGAGUGAGGAAGUUUUCACCUUGUUUUAAGCAUACAUAGACUUGUUCAGCUUACUCGCAAAUGAUGUCCUUGAAUUAAGGAUUAUCUUAUCGUGCAUUAGGACAUUAAGACAAAAUUAGACUUAAUUAUUUUUCAGUUAUUUUUCUCCGCUAAAUAUGAAGAUUUUCGUUCAAUAUUCCAGAUAGACUUGGAUUUUACAGUUCCUUUCAUUAGCAUUCCGGUGAAAAGAACUAUGAAUUCAGCACACGGCCUUUUGGUAAGUAAUUUUGCGGUUUUUUUUAUUAACUACUUUAUAACUUCGUUUUAAAGAAAUUCAAGCUAAUAUUUUAUUUUACAAUACUUUCCCCAUCUUUUUAUCGUAAAGCACAAUGUAUAUUUGACAUCCAAUUCAAAACCUCUAAAGGUUGCCCUUAGUAUUGAAGAAUAUGUAUGCUCCAUUUUUUAAACUUCUAUUUAAUUCGAUCUGUCUCUGUUCUUCAGGAUUUCCCAUUAGUAAACAUCAACCCAGCUUCUCUGGCGCUGGGCGGCGCCGUGGUUUUGGGGACCAGUAUCGUGGUACCCUUCCUCCUCAAGUACUACGCGUAUGAAGCCAGUGGACGAUACGCCAGGAUUCUAGAUAACGCAGAAUUCGGAGCUGAUGCAGUCCUGGAUUUCGCUCAGCAGAUGAUGUCAGGCAGCCACGGGUUCCGAGGCUGUCCCCUCAAGAUCGCGUGCUGGGCAGCACAACAGGAGUACGUUAACACAAGAGUGGUCCUCAAUCAUAUUGUGAACAACCGCCUCCUCUCAUCGAUGGUGAACUCCUCAGCAGUGGAAGACGCGAUGCUGUCAGGGAUGCAUGGCCGCAGCUGCAGCAGUUACGGGCCCUGCCCGCUGCAGGAGCGCCAUCUACCUAUACUGAUGAACAACCUGGCUGUACUUACUAACACGCCGGGGUUCAAAUGAAUUUAAUAGGAUUUUAGUGAAGUCGAAAUGGGAUUUAAGAUAAGACCUUUGGGCCAAACCUAUACCAAAAAUUAGCGAAAAGAGAAGUUUUAAAAACCUGUCAAUUUCGUUAUUUAAAUGUCUCGUUUCUGCUAACGCAGUGCGGAGAAAUUUUAUUGGCUGCUUAAAAAAUUAUCUUCUCAAUUUCACUUUAGUAGAGUUCCAGGCCGUAUUUAUGACCUAAUUAGCUGACAUUAACAUAAGAACAGGGUUUGAGUGAUGUGAAUAUUGGCUUCGUUCAUCAUCUUCCUUGUAAAACUCUAAAUAGUUUUAUGAUUUAUUUUUCUUAAGUUAUUAAUUUAUUGUUGAUCUUUUUGUAUUAUAUACUUCUCGCUAUCAUAUUAUUUACAAACAUUUUAUAAAUAUUAACAAUAUUAAUAACAUGGCGUACCUACCUAUUUGGUUGUUUGUCUGUAGGUAGGUUCUUAUUGUUUUUAUAAAUUCUUCUAUCUCUCCUAUAGCUUACUAUAGUAUUAUGUACAAAUAAUAAAACCAUUUCAAUAAAUAA